AUGGAGACAGAAAAGGAAGCUUUUGUGACUUUGUUGUCCAUGUUAGCAGCCGUUGUGCAGUUAAACUCUGUACUUUAUAAUACCACAGCUGCCUAUAUGCGUAAGAGGCAAGCUAUUAUUAGCGCAGUCUGCAGCUGCAACAAACGGCAAACACACGGCAAUAAACCGCAAACAAACAGCAACAAAACGCAAACAAACAGCAACAAACCUAAUGUCAAGCGUCGUAAGCCAUACAAACAGCGCCGGUUUUGGAUAAGACCAGGAAGAACCAGCGCGUGGUGGGACAAGUUUGUGAAUGAAGUUGUUGCUCCUGAAGAAUGGCGACAGAACUUCAGGAUGUCCAGAUCGUCCCUCAUCCAGCUCAGCGAAAUACUACGUCCGCACGUGGAAGGUAUAACGACAACAAUGAGGGCGCCCGUGAAUGUCCUCACAAAGAUAGCGUGUACAUUAUACUACCUGCGUGACGAGGGAAGGCUCCGGGAAACGGCUAAUGCGUUUGGAUUAUCCAGACAAACUGUUUCGGUCAUGAUACGAAAAGUGUGUAAAGCCAUCACCGUCGUUCUGGGACCAGACUACGUCAGGACCCCAAAAACGGAGUCUGAAGUUAAAAAACUUGUCGCGAACUUCUACAAGACGCACGGCAUGCCGCAGUGCUUGGGUGCAAUCGACUGCACGCACAUCGAGGUCAAAACCCCUGUUUGUAAUUCAGCAGAGUUUAUUAACACAAACAGAACGUGCUCUUUAAAUGUGCAAGCAUUGUGUGACCACAAGUACCGUUUCAUGGACGUUGUUGUUAAAUGGCCGGGCAGUGUACCUAACGCGCGCAUAUUUGCGAAUUCACAACUGAGUUGCGACCUAAAAGAUGGGACGAUUCCCUCCUGCCCCAAACAACUGUUGGAGGAUGAGGAGCCUAUUCCCGUGUUUCUUCUGGGAGAUCCAGCGUAUCCCCUAAUGCCAUAUCUCAUGAAAGAAUACCCCAAUGGCGGAGAUGCCCCACAGGAGCAGCACUACGGAGUAUCGCUUAGCAAGGCGCGCACGGUGAUCGAAUGCGCAUUUGGACGCUUAAAGACACGGUUUGCGGCUCUGAUGGGAGCCAUGGACAUAAACUUAAGGGAUCUCCCUUUUGUUAUUUAUGCUUGCUUUGUAUUGCAUAACUAUUGUGAAACGCUACAAGAACCUGUUGACGAACUAUGCGUAAAUGCCGCUCGGCAAUACGAAAGAGACUUUCAGCCACCCGCCAGAGUGCACGAGGGAGCAGACGCCACUGAGGGUGAACGAGUGAGGCGCGUGUUGACAAGAUUUUUUACGCAAAAUCCACUUGAGCAGCCCACCUGUAAAUAA